AUGCGCCGGACCGCCAUCUCCAUCCAGCCUUGGCUGAAGUGGAACCGCAGAAACACCCGGCCCUACCUCCAACGCCUCCUCUUCGGCCUCGAGUUCACUCUCCGCGAGCCCCAAGACCCCUCCUACGCCGCAACCGUAGCCGCAAUGAACGCCGCAGCUCAAGGUGACAAGGCGCUUAAAAGCUCCGACCUACCCCUGGCCAUCCAGCACUACACCCAAGCUCUGACGGAGCUACCCCGCGCCCCGGCCUACUACAUUUCGCGCUCGACCGCCUACACGCGCCUCAAGUCCACUGACGGCGGCCCCAACCCUCAAGCUGCCCUCCGCGAUGCUGAAUGCGGUCUUAUCCUCGCUCGCGAGCGCGGAAAGCGUGAGCUGAUGCUCGCUGCGCAGAUGCGCCGCGCUAUCUCGCUGUACCAGGUUGGCCGCUACGGAGAUGCGGAAUUCGUGUUUACUAUCGUUGAUGGGAAAGCUGGUGUGUCGGAGCCGGAGGAUAGAUCUGCUGGUAUCCAGGCGGCUAUGUCUGGUGUGAAGAAGGGUCCUCUGGGUUCUGAGUUGCCUGUUUGGCUCACUAAGGUGCGCAAGGCCAUGCGCGGGCUGUCUGAGGGUGAUGAGAAAGCUGUUGUUUCUGUUGUUGAGAUUCCGGAGAAUGUCCAGAUUCCUACUGAGGCUGAGUUGAAAGCUCAGCUGGCUGCUAUUAAGUCUGGCAGGAUUGUUGGUGCUGUGAAGGCACAGGAGGGUGUUUCCAAGGCUGAUUCGGCUCCUGUUUCGUCUGCCAUUGCUGGAUCUUCGGCUGCUCCGGCUCAGAAUGCUAAUAUCGGUGCUGCUGCCCCUGUUCCGGAGAAGGUGCGCCAUGAGUGGUAUCAGUCUCAGGACUCUGUUGUCGUCACCCUCUAUAUCAAGGGAAUCCCCAAGGAUAAGGUUACAACUGACCUGAAGGAGGGCUCGAUCUCUCUACAGUUCCCUCUUCCCUCUGGCUCCGAAUAUGACUUUACCCUGGAUCCCCUCUACGCCACCAUCAAUGCCUCUGCUUCAAAGGUAUCUGUCAUGGGCACUAAGAUCGAGAUCACCCUGCAGAAGCAAAAGGCAGGCCAGAAGUGGAGUGCUUUGGAAGGCUCUUCCGCCAUCGCGGGGCUGACCGACCGCCCCGCUGCGCCUGCUGCACCAGCUGCCUCAGGUCCGUCCUAUCCCACCUCGUCCCGCAGCGGCGCCAAGAACUGGGAUCAGGUUGCCUCUUCGCUUACCGAGAAGAAGUCCAAGGGAGACUCGAAGGAUGGCGCUGAUGAUGCCUCGGAUGAUGAGCUCGGCGGUGAUGCAGUCGAUGGAUUCUUCAAGAAGCUUUAUGCGAACGCCGAUCCUGAAACCCGCCGCGCCAUGAUCAAGAGCUACACUGAGAGCCAGGGUACUUCUCUGAGUACCAACUGGUCUGAGGUUGGAAAGGGCAAGGUUGAGGCUCACCCUCCAAAUUGA